CACAUCUCAAGUCUGUCAUAUAAUUACUGUCACUUGUCAGUACUCAUCUCGAAUUCAGAAAGCAAAUUUCAAAUUAAAUCUGAAUACACAUUCUAAAUUUCUGUAGAAAUGAAUGGCAUAAUACUAGCAGGUCUUGGUUUGGCAGCGGUGGGUUUUGCUGGAAGAUAUGCUCUAAGGCAAGUGCCGAAUGCUGCCAAAACAUUCAAUGAAGCUUUGAAAAAUCUCCCUAAAUUCGAUUCUGCCUCAGUGGCCAAUUCAAAAUAUUACAAGGGUGGUUUCGAUGCCAAAAUGAAUCGGAGAGAGGCAGCGCUGAUUUUAGGUGUGACUCCCUCUGCGAAUAAAUUGAAAAUAAAAGACGCUUUCAAGAAAGUAAUGGCUGUUAAUCAUCCAGACAGAGGUGGAUCUCCAUACCUUGCAUCAAAAAUCAAUGAGGCGAAAGAUUUCUUAGAAAAACACUCUAGAUGAUGUAUCGAUAAUUUAUACUUUA